CUUCCAUUCGGACCCCUUUGAUGGAAGUUCUUCCUGAACUCAAAGCAGGGUUUGAUCUUCCGCGUAGUUGGUCUCGCGGCGUCAGGAGGCUGGUGACACUCACACCUCUUUACUCAGACUGUGGUUGAUGUUGGUGAAAUGUCUAAAUGUAACCGAGACACAAAGAGGAAACGGGUCUUUCUUUUCUUCUGUUUCUAAGGAGAGUUCUCUUUAGGAGGGCACCGCCAUAAGGUGAAAUGAAGGACCGACUAUCUGAGCUGAAAACCGUCACCCCGGAGCCUGCUGAGGAGGAGCAUAACACAGUCUUUGAGGAUGAGGAGGGCGCGGAGUCACUGGCCAUCGUGUUUCAAGGUGAAGAUGUGAUGGACGGCAUCUACAAAGAUGCCCAGAUGAUGAGGAAGGAGCUGCAGCUGCUGAAAAUUGACGUGAAGCGUCUGGCGAAGCAGAACACGCGGUUCCUCACGUCCGUCAGGAGGUUUAGCAGCAUCAAGCGGGACUCUAACGCGCUCGGCCGGGACAUCAAAGCCAGGGGGGAGGCCAUCUACGCCCAGCUGGAGAAGCUUGGAAAGCUGAGCAAAAAGCUUGGAGAGGAACACGGCUUCACGUCGGCUCUGUCUCGUAUGGUGCGCUCACAGUACACUUCUCUGACUCGGGCCUUCCACGAGGCCAUGUCUGAGUACAACGAGGCCGAAAUGAUCCAGAGGGAAAACUGUAAGACCCGCAUUCAGAGGCAGGCGGAGAUCAUGGGCAAGGAGGUGACCAGGGAGCAGCUGGACGAGAUGAUCGAGAGCGGGAAGUGGAACGUCUUCUCGGAUAAUCUCCUUUUGGAGGGGAGGACUACCAGAUCUGCUCUGAGCGAGAUAGAGAGCAGACACAAGGAGCUGCUGGAGCUGGAGGGUCGCAUCAGAGACAUCCACGAGCUCUUCUCCCAGAUGGCUCAGCUGGUGGAGGAGCAGGGCUGCAUGCUGGACAACAUAGAAGCAAACGUCUGCUCUACUCAGGACUACGUUGCCAAGGCAACGGUUCAAAUCACACAGGCUAAAGAAUACAGUGAAAACAACCCAUGCAAGAAACUCUUCUGCUGCUGCUUCCCGUGCUGUAAAUGAUUCUUGGUCAGAUUUAAACUGGAACUCUUUAUAAUUUUCCUUUUACGGGGUCAGCGUCAGACAUCUCACUUCAUUUUCACGUACUGUGCUGGUCUGAGAAGGAGGAAGAGUCAUUUCAAACCGCGCUGUUCACAUACAAAUGCAUUCAGUUGUAAUCGAGUUGUUGCAUUUCCUGAUCGUAACUGAUUAUUACUUUCUGCAGCACCCACAUGACUCCACGUCUCAUCAAAGAUAUGUCAUUGCAGCUUUUUAUGUCAGGUAAUGCAUGUUUCAUUCAGUAAAACUUGAUUUAUUUCUAAAUUACUGCUUUGGAAUGAAACGGCGACCAUUAAAAUGGGAGAAAAAAAAACAAAAGCUGGAGCUGACGUUGCUGCAGCUGUUGGCCAACAAGUGUGUAGAAACACAAAUAUUAGUGGUUAGCUGGGAGAUAAGCUGCGUUCGUGUUGAACAACAAGCCUCGUUUUGCUCCAGCUUUAUGCCGGAGCUUUUGUUGCUUCAUAUGAGAUUAGCUCCAGCGUCUGGAGUCUGAUUGGUGUCAUGUUACAUCCACACAAGCUUUUCUCUCAGGCGUGUACCUGAAUCAGUGUCAGUACAAACACUCAGAGCCAGAGCAGGGGACUUCCUGUUGGUACCAGAGUUCUUUGGUAAUCUGGAUUUUUUCUCAGAUUAGGGACUCAAAACGAUGUUUCUCACCCACAGCAGGGGGAGUUCCAGUCGCCAGCUGGUGGCGUGAAGAUGAGUCAGGCCAUCACACGGCGCUGGAGCCACUGUGGGUGUUUUCAAAUAUAGCUGUCAGCUUGAUGUUGAAAAGAGUUGUCACUGUGGGUUCUGGUGGGUGUUUACUGACAGAGGAACUGGGUUUAUCUGAAACACUGUGAAUGACACUGGGAGUUAAGUUAACCCUUGACGUGAUUCCUUCUGGAGCUGACUCGUCACCAGGAUGGCCGAGUGGUUAAGGCGUUGGUCUUAAGAUCCAACGGACAACAAGUCCUCGUGGGUUCACACCAUCCCUACUCCUGGUAAAAACAUCAAACAUCACCUGCAGAUGUUGUCUUAAUUUUUAUGAUCACCAAAGGGCCUUAGAUGGAUUGAUUUCUAAAUAAAAACAAAGAAACAUCUGUUUUAAAUCCUGCAAGGUGACUAUUUUCAUUGAAAUCCUCCUGCACCAAACAUACACUUAAAAAUAAACGUACACAUCAAACGGGCACAAUGUCUGCUGCAUCUACAGGUGCUGGUCCGUAAAUUAGAAUAUCAUGACAAAGUUGGUUUAUUUCAGUAAUUCCAUUCAAAACAAAUAUUAGAUUCGUUCAUUACACACAAACUGACUUAUUUCAAAUGUUUAUUUCUUUAAUGAUGAUUCUAACUGACAACUAAUGAAGAUCCCAAGUUCUGUAUCUCAGAAAAUUAGAACAUCAAUUAAGACCAAUGCAAGAAAAUAAUUUGAUAAAUGUUGACUAAAAGAUUGAGCAUUUAAAGUGAGAAUGUGCAGCACUCAGUAUUUAGUUGGGGCUCCUUUGGCCUGGAUUACUGCAGCAAUGCGGCGUGGCAUGGAGUCCAUCAGUCUGUGGCACUGCUCAGGUGUGAUGAGCCCAUGUUGCUCUGAUCGUGGCCCUCAGCUCUUCUGAAUUGUUGGAUCUGGCCUGUUGCAUCUCCCUCUUCAUAAUAACACGUAGAUUUUCUAUGGGGUUAAGGCCAGGUGAGUUUGAUGGCCAAUCAAGAACAGUGAUACCAUGGUCCUUAAACCAGGUAGCUUUGGCACUGUGUGCAGCUGUCAAGUCCUGUUGGAAAAUCAAAUCUGCAUCUCCAUAAAGUUGGUCAGCAGCAGGAAGCAUGAAGUGCUAUUAAACGUCUUGGUAGACGGCUGCGUUGACCUCGGACCUCAGAAAACACCACGGACCAACACCAGCUGAUGACAUGGCACCCAAAACCAUCACUGACUGAAAACUUUGCACUGGACCUCAAGCAACAUGGAUCUGUGCAUCUCUCUUCCUCCAGAUUCUGAGACCUUGAUUUCUAAAGGAAAUGUUAAAUUUACUUUUAUCAGAGAACAUAACUUUGGACCACUCAGCAGCAGUCCAGUCCUGUUUGUCUUUAGCCCGAGUGAGGCGCUGAGUGGCUUGACACAAUGAUUACGACAGCUGAAACCAUGUCUUGCAUACGUCUAUGCGUAGUGGUUCAUUAAGCACUGACUCUAGCUGCAGUCCAGUCUUGGUGAAUCUCCCCAACAUUUAUCAAUGGGUUUUGUUUCACAAUCCUCUCCAGGGUAGGGUUAUCUCUGUUGCUUGUACACUUCUUUUCUUCCUUGUCCUUCUCUUCUCCUCUCUGUUAAUGUGCUUGGAUAGAGAGCUCUGAGAACAGCCAGCCUCUUUAGCAAUGACCUUUUGUAUCUUGCCCUCCUUGCGUAAGGUGUCAGUGGUCAUCUGGUCAACUGUCAAGUCAGCAGUCUUCCCCAUGAUUGUGUAGCCUACAGAACUAGACUGAGAGACCAUUGAGUCUUUUUCAGAUGUUUUGAGUUUAUUAGCUAAUUAGUGUGGCAUCAGGGGUCUUCAAUAUUGAACAUUUUCACAAUGUUCGAAUAUUCUGAAAUACUUAAUUUGGGUUUUUCAUUAGCUGUUCGUUAUAAUCAUCAAAAUUAAAUGAAUAAACAUUUAAAAUG